GCCCCGGGGGCGCGGACACGGGAGCCGCAGUGCCGCGGGGGCAGCGCGGCCCAGACCCGCUCCCGCUUCCCGAGCCGCCCAGUGCCCGUCCCCGCGGCCCCCAGCAUGCGGUGGCUGUUCUGCAUCCUGCCGCUGCUGCAGCUCGGCCACGGCCGCUCCCCGGCCGCAGAGUUGCAUAGCCUGGAAAUAACCAACAAUGGUCCCAUCACAACAGGAGCUCAAGCUACUGUUCAAGCCAGGCUAAGAAUGAAGAACAAAAAUGUCACAUCAAACUGGUAUCACUUUAACUGGGUCUAUGCUCCUCUGAUUCUGAUCGAGAAAUCCGAGCAGCAGUUUAAUUCCAUAAUUAAUGUGACUGGUGAAUUCCCUGGCACUUUCCCUGUGUCUGUCUGGGUGACUCACAAAAACUGUUGGUUGUGUCGGCCGAUUGCAAGAAACGUCACUGUGCUCCAGAUUACAGAAUUUAUCACAGGGAACCUCACCAUAGCCCAGAUAGAAGACAGCAGAGUUACCACACAUGGUUCUAGCUCCCCCGUGGACACAGUGACCCGGAUUUCCUUCUCUCUUCAUGACCCAAGUCAUUACUUCAAAUCAGCAUCAUUUGUCUACAACUGGGAUUUUGGAGAUGGAGUUUACCAGAUUACCAAGGCACCCUUUGUCUACUGCAACUGCUCCUCCAUGGGGAACCGCACGGUGCACCUGAAGGUCGUGGCUGAAUGGGAGCAGGUUGGAAGCAUCAUACACAAAAGAGAAAUGAUGCAGAAAACUGGUGAUUUUACCACAGCUCUGGAGCUCUUGGAUGCUGUUAAAAGCAUUGACAUAGUGGGCUCCAGAGAGACUCAUGUAAUGGAAAACUUGAAUUUAUCUCUUCAUAUCAAUGGCACCCCACCACUGGCAUUAUGCUGGCUUAUAAAAUCCGAGUGCAUUCCACUUGAAGGUGACAAAUGCCAUCUGGUGGAGAUCAGUGGCUCCUGCUACAACCUCAGCCACACCUUCAGGGACGCGGGGCAGUACUGCCUCAGUGUCAGGGUGGAGAACGGCGUGACAAUGCUGCAGACGUACCACGGGAUCAAAGUGCGGCCAGCAGGAAUGCACCCAGCCUUCUUUGUCCUGCUCUGCACUGCUCUGGUUUCAGUGAUGCUGAUACUGGUGCUGUACACAACCUUUCGAAGUCACACACAACAAAAAGAUCUCGUGGAGGUAGCUGACUUUGACUUUUCUCCACUGUCUGAUGAACACCGGUCUAAUCAUUCCAAGUCAGGCUGUGGCCCAGUAUGUUGCAGAUCAUGUUUUCUUCAACCAUCAAAAGAAGCUGCCUGGGAGAGUCAUGAACUUCUACAUUCACUUUACAAGCCAGUCAAAAUGUACACACUGUGAAGAACACAACUGCACUUUGGUUGCACUAACUGUCUAACUUUCUCACUUAGGCUAAGUCAAAAGCCUGGUGCUGCAUGAAUGGUUUGGUUUAGCCAAUGCAAUGAGGUUCACCACUUGAGUUCCAGCACUUGAGUACUUCAUUUUCUGAACUUAAAAAGAACAAGAAACACAGUAAAAGUAGCUUUGUAUUUUUAACUUAUACGGGGGGUGUGUACAUUUACAGCUGUAAAUGCAGCAUUUUAUUCUUAUGAAAGAUUGUUUUAUGUGCAGGUUUGCUAAAUUCACUACCUCUUGUAAUUUCUCUGUUCCUUCUGUUCUCUGUUCCAAAGAAGAAAAUGCCUAAGACAAACAUACCUCCUUUCCUAUGUAAACAAUAUUACUGGAAAUGGAAGUCACCCAAAA